GCCAUCUGGAUCGAGAACCUGAACUCGGUGCUGGACGACAACAAAACUCUGACCCUGGCGAACGGUGACCGGAUCCCUAUGUCCCCGAGCUGUAAGCUGGUGUUUGAGGUGCACAACAUGGACAAUGCUUCUCCCGCUACCGUCUCCAGAGUGGGCAUGGUGUUCAUGAGCUCCUCCGCUCUCAGCUGGAGACCCAUUCUGCAGGGCUGGACCAACAAGCGCAGUGCUCAGGAAGCUGACAGCCUGAUGAGCCUGUAUGAUAAGAUAUUUGAAGAUGCUUAUAUAUUCAUGAAACAAAACCUCAAGCCAAAAAUGCAGCUCUUGGAGUGCAACUACGUUAUGCAGUCGGUAAACCUGCUGGAGGGUCUGAUUCCUCCUAAAGAUGCUGGAGGCACGUUGAGCAGCGAGCACCUGGAGCGCCUCUUCGUGUUCUGCAUGAUGUGGAGUCUGGGAGCUCUGCUGGAACUGGAUGACCGGGACAAGAUGGAGCUGUUCGUUCGCUCUCAUGAAAGCAAGCUUGACCUGCCACCGACAGAGCCUGGCCAGACCAUGUUCGAGUACAUGGUCAAUCAGAACGGUGACUGGGAUCACUGGAGUAAAUACGUCGUGCAGUACGUCUACCCCACAGACUCGGCACCAGACUACACGUCCAUUCUCGUUCCCAACGUGGACAACACCAGAACGAGCUUCCUGAUUGAGGCCAUCGCAAAACAGCGCAAGGCUGUUCUCCUCACCGGUGAACAGGGGACUGCCAAGACGGUCAUGAUUAAGGCCUACACGAAGAAAUACAACCCUGAGAUGGAUCUGUUCAAAUCCAUGAACUUCUCCUCCGCCACGGAGCCGAUCAUGUUCCAGCGGGCAGUAGAGAGUUACAUAGAGAAGCGGCUGGGCAGCACAUACGGACCCCCCGGCAGACGGAGACUGACCGUUUUUAUUGAUGACAUCAACAUGCCUGUCGUCAAUGAAUGGGGAGAUCAGAUCACAAAUGAAAUAGUGCGUCAGACGAUGGAGAUGUCGGGCAUGUACAGUCUGGAUAAACCCGGUGAUUUCACCACCAUAACAGACGUUCAGAUGAUGGCCGCCAUGAUCCAUCCCGGCGGUGGCAGGAACGAUAUUCCUCAGAGACUGAAGAGACAGUUCACAGUGUUUAACUGCACGCUUCCGGCCAACUCCUCCAUCGACAUGAUCUUCGGAAUUAUUGGCUGUGGAUAUUUCCAUCAGUGUCGAGGAUUUACACCAGAGAUCUCUGACACUGUACAGCGUCUCGUACCCGCUUCCCGGAUUCUCUGGCAAUGGACCAAGGGGAAGAUGUUGCCCACUCCAUCAAAGUUUCACUACUUCUUCAACCUAAGAGAUCUGUCCAGGAUUUGGCAGGGCAUGCUGAAGAUCAGAGCAGAAGAGUGUGAGACAGUCGCCACCCUCCUGUCCUUGUUCAAGUGUGAAUGCACUCGAGUCAUCGCAGACCGGUUUGUGUGUGAGGAGGAUAAGCACUGGUUCGAGAAGUCUAUAGCCCAGGUCAUUCAGGAACACGUGGAUCCUGCUUUGGUGCCACACCUCCACCCCGACCCUUACUUUGUGGACUUCCUGAGAGAGGCUCCAGAGCCUACAGGAGAGGAGGCUGAUGACGCCUGUCUCGACGCUCCCAAAAUCUAUGAACUGGUGCCGGACUUCCAGUUCCUGUCGGAGAGACUGCGGUUCUAUCAGAGCCAGUAUAACGAGGCUGUUCGGGGCUCACAUCUGGACCUGGUCUUCUUUACUGAUGCCAUGACCCACCUCAUCAAGAUCUCCCGCAUCAUCAGGACCGAUGGAGGAAGCGCUCUGCUGGUGGGAGUGGGAGGGUCGGGCAAGCAAAGCCUUUCACGGCUCGCGUCGUACAUCGCCGGUUACAGGAUAUUCCAGAUUACACUCACUAGAACCUAUAACAUCAGCAACCUGAUGGAUGACCUGAAAGUGCUGUUCAGAACGGCCGGCGCUGAAGGAAAAGGCGUCACGUUCAUCUUCACGGACAACGAGAUAAAAGACGAGGCCUUCCUAGAGUACCUUAACAAUGUUUUGUCAUCUGGAGAGGUCUCGAACCUUUUUGCUCGUGAUGAACUGGACGAGAUAACACAGAAUCUCAUCCCCGUAAUGAAAAAGGAGACGCCCCGAGUGCCGCCCACCUUUGAUAAUCUGUAUGAAUACUUCAUCUCCCGGGCCAAAAAGAACCUCCAUGUGGUGCUGUGUUUUUCCCCGGUGGGGGAGAAGUUCCGCUCCCGCUCUCUGAAGUUCCCCGGACUGAUAUCCGGAUGCACCAUGGACUGGUUCACCCCGUGGCCGAGUGAAGCCCUGAUGGCCGUGUCCCAGUAUUUCCUCUCGGACUUCCACAUGGUCUGUUCGCCUGAGGUGAAGACUGCGGUGGUCCAGACUAUGGCCGUCUAUCACGACAGAGUCUCCUCCACCUGCGAGAGCUACUUUGAGAGAUUCAGACGAAGGGCCCACGUCACCCCGAAAUCCUACCUGUCAUUCAUCAAUGGAUACAAAACCCUCUAUACAGAGAAGCACACCCACAUCAACACUCUUGUUGAGCGCAUGAAUGUCGGUCUAGCCAAGCUAAUGGAAGCCAGCGAAUCCGUCGCGCAGCUGUCCAGAGACCUGGUGGUGAAGGAGCAGGAGCUGGCGUUGGCCUCGGCCCGAGCCGACAAGGUCCUCAAGGAGGUGACUGUGAGCGCCGAGGCCGCCUCUGUGGUCAAAAACGAGGUGCAGGUGGUGAAGGAUAAAGCGCUGAAGAUCGUGGAGGAAAUCGAGAAGGAAAAAGGUGUGGCAGAGCUGAAGCUGCAGGCGGCUGAACCUGCACUCAUGAAAGCUGAGGCGGCUUUAAACACCAUCAAACCGGCCGAUAUCGCAACAGUGAGGAAACUGUCCAAGCCACCACAUUUAAUCAUGAGAAUUAUGGACUGCUGUCUGCUUCUCUUCCGCAAGAAGCUGGACCCCGUCGUCAUGGAUCCAGAGAGGCACUGCCUUAAGCCCUCCUGGAGCGAAGCCAUGAAGCUGAUGAGCGGCGGCGGCUUCCUGACGUCACUGCAGCAGUUUCCUAAGGACACGAUAACCGAAGAGACGAUGGAGCUGCUGGAGCCGUACUUCCAGAUGGAGGAUUACACGCUGGAGAACGCCAGUAAAGUGUGCGGAAACGUGGCGGGUCUGCUGUCCUGGACACAGGCUAUGGCCACCUUCUUCAGCAUCAACAAGGAGGUGCUGCCACUGAAGGCUAAUCUCAGCGUUCAGGAGAACAGGCUAACGGCAGCUAAUAAGGAACUGGCUAACGCUCAGGCCCAGCUGGAUGAAAAGCAGGCAGAGCUGGACAUGGUGCUGGCCAAAUUCGAAGCAGCCAUGAAGGAGAAGCAGGAUCUGCUGAACGACGCCGAAUCGUGCAGAAAUAAAAUGCAGACGGCCUCCGCUCUGAUCGACGGGCUGAGCGGGGAGAAAGUGCGCUGGACCGAGCAGAGCAGAGAGUUCACCUCACAGAUCAGCAGGCUGGUUGGAGACGUCCUGCAGCUGACCGGCUUCCUGUCCUACUGUGGUCCGUUCAACCAACAGUUCCGUAACAUGCUGCUGAAGGAGAUCUGGGAGGACGAGCUCACGAAGAAGAACAUUCCCUUCACUGAAAACCUGAACCUGAUCUCCAUGCUGGUGGACCAGCCCACAAUCAGCGAGUGGAAUCUGCAGGGCCUUCCGGGUGAUGACCUGUCGGUGCAGAACGGCAUCAUUGUCACCAAAGCUACCCGCUUCCCCCUCCUCAUCGACCCCCAGACUCAGGGCAAGGCUUGGAUCAAGAAGAAGGAGAAAGCCAACGAGCUCCAGGUCACGUCUCUGAAUCACAAGUACUUCCGCACCCAUCUGGAGGACAGCCUGUCCCUGGGUCGCCCUCUGCUCAUCGAGGAUGUACCCGAGGAGCUGGACCCAGCGCUGGAUAACGUGCUGGAGAAGAACUUCAUCAAGUCUGGAUCCUCCUACAAGGUUAAAGUCGGAGACAAAGAGAUCGACGUGAUGGACGGCUUCCAACUCUACAUCGCCACCAAGCUGCCCAACCCGUCCUACACGCCCGAGGUCUGUGCCAAAACCUCCAUCAUCGACUUCACCGUGACCAUGAAGGGCCUGGAGAACCAGCUGCUGGGCAGAGUCAUCCUGACCGAGAAAUACGAACUGGAGGCUGAGAGGCUGAAUCUGAUGCAGGACGUCACGGCCAACAAGAGGAAGAUGAAAGAGCUGGAGGAUAAUUUGCUUUACAAGCUCAGCACCACAAAAGGCUCUCUGGUCGACGACGAGUCCAUGAUCGGGAUCUUGAGAGUCACUAAGGAAACAGCAGCGGAGGUGAGCGAGAAGCUCAACGUGGCCACCGAGACGGAGACGAAGAUCCUCGCCGCUCAGGAGGAGUACCGUCCCGCGGCGUCCCGCGGCAGCAUCCUCUACUUCCUCAUCACAGAGAUGAGCAUGGUCAACGUCAUGUACCAGACCUCGCUCGCCCAGUUCCUCAGGAUCUUCGACCUCUCCAUGUCGAGGUCAGAAAAAACCCCCCUGACCCAGAAGCGCAUCGCUAACAUCAUCGACUGUCUGACGUACGAGGUGUUCAGAUACACGGUCCGAGGCCUGUACGAGAAUCACAAGUUCAUCUUCACUCUGCUGCUGGCUCUCAAGAUCGAUCUGCAGAAGGGCAACAUCAAGCACAGCGAGUUCCAGAUUCUUAUUAAAGGUGGUGCCGCCCUGGAUCUCAAAGCUUGUCCUCGUAAACCCUUCCGCUGGAUUCUGGACAUGACAUGGCUGAACCUGGUUGAGCUGAGCAAACUGCCCCAGUUCACCAACAUCAUGAGCCAGGUGUCCCGGAAUGAAAAGGGCUGGAAGGCGUGGUUCGAUAUGGACGCACCAGAGGACGCAGUGAUUCCCGAUGGUUAUAAUGAUUCACUGGAGAUCUUCCACAAAUUACUGCUUAUCAGAUCCUGGAGUCCAGAUCGCACGCUGUCUCAGGCCAGGAGCUACGUAGGGCACGCAUUGGGCGCGAGGUUCGCCCAGUCUGUUAUUCUCAAUCUGGAGGCAACGUGGGGGGAGAGCGACCCUCGUACCCCUCUGAUCUGCUUCCUCUCCAUGGGCUCGGAUCCAACCAACCAGAUAGAAGCUCUCUCCAAGAAACUCAGACUCGAAUGCAGAGCUAUAUCUAUGGGACAGGGACAGGAAGUGCAUGCGAGGAGGCUGGUGCAGAUGUCCAUCGCACAGGGAGGCUGGGUCCUGCUGCAGAACUGCCACCUGGGUCUGGAGUUCAUGGACGAGCUGCUGGACACCGUGAGCACAGUGGAGAACGUUCAUGAGAGCUUCAGGGUGUGGAUCACCACGGAGCCACACGACCGCUUCUCCAUCACGCUGCUGCAGUCCUCCAUCAAGUUCUCCAACGAUCCUCCUCAGGGAGUGAAAGCCGGACUGAAGCGAACGUUCGUCGGGAUCUCUCAGACUCAGCUGGACGUCAGCAACCUGCCCAUGUGGAAGCCGCUGCUGUACAGCGUCGCGUUCUUGCACACGGUGGUGCAGGAACGUCGCAAGUUCGGACCCCUGGGCUGGAAUAUUCCGUACGAGUUCAACUCGGCAGACUUCAGCUCCAGUGUGCAGUUCAUCCAGAACCAUUUGGAUGAGUGCAGUCCCAAAAAGGGCGUGUCGUGGGACACCGUGCGCUACAUGCUGGGAGAGGUGCAGUACGGAGGCAGAGUGACGGACGACUACGACAAACGACUUCUGAACUGUUUUGCACGAGUGUGGUUCGGCGACCGGCUGUUCGAGCCCUCGUUCUGCUUCUACACCGACUACAAUGUUCCCGUGUGUAAGACGGUGGAGGAAUACCUGGAGUAUAUUCACACUCUGCCCUACGUCGACACCCCUCAAGUGUUCGGUCUGCAUCCCAACGCUGAUAUCACGUAUCAGGGUAACACCUCAGCCGAAGUCCUGGACACCAUCACAAACAUCCAGCCUAAAGAGAGCGCCGGAGGUUCAGGAGAGACGCGAGAGUCGAUCGUCUACCGCCUCGCCCAGGACAUGCUGGAUAAACUCCCUCCCAACUACGUACCUCAUGAGGUGAAAGCCAGGCUGGUGAAAAUGGGAGCCCUGACCUCCAUGAACAUCUUCCUGAGGCAGGAGAUCGACCGCAUGCAGAGGGUCAUCAGCGUGGUCCGGACUAGCUUGAUCGAUCUCAAGUUGGCCAUUGAGGGCACCAUCAUCAUGAGUGAGAGCCUCAGGGACGCGCUGGACAACAUGUUCGACGCUCGAGUCCCAAACCUGUGGAAGAAGCUCUCCUGGGAGUCGUCCACCCUGGGGUUCUGGUUCACCGAGCUCCUGGAGAGAAACGCUCAGUUCCAUAGCUGGCUGUUCGAUGGGAGGCCCAAAACAUUCUGGAUGACCGGAUUCUUCAAUCCCCAGGGUUUCCUCACAGCGAUGAUGCAGGAGGUGACGAGGGCACACCGAGGCUGGGCGCUGGACACCGUCACUCUACACAACGAGGUGUUAAAGCAAACCAAGGAGGAGAUCACCACCGCACCCACGGAGGGCGUGUACGUGUACGGCCUCUAUCUGGACGGAGCCGGCUGGGACCGCAAGAACUGCUGUCUCGUCGAGGCCACGCCCAAAGUGCUGUUCACCCCUCUCCCCGUGGUGCACAUAUUCGCCAUCAACUCCACCGCCCCGAAAGACCCCAGACUGUACGUCUGCCCCGUCUACAAGAAACCCCGGCGCACCGACCUCACCUACAUCACCGGAAUCGUGCUGCGUACGGUGCAGCCCCCCGACCACUGGAUCCUGCGCGGUGUCGCCCUGCUGUGUGAUAUCAAAUAAUCGCACCAACACACACACACACUGACCCACACACGCGUUCCGUUUCUUUGUUCUUUAUUCAAUUCAGUUCAUGGAAAAAUAUUUUAAUUGUUAUUAAAAGGUUCAGGUUCUUGUUCAGCAUUAAAAAUAAAAAAAAUAUGAGUUUAUCUUCACUAAA